AUGCAGCCUUUGCUAAAACUGGUACCGGAAAGGAGAGGCAAUGGUGUAAGGCCGGUGAGACAUGAAGUCGAGACGGUAGACAGGAAGCCUAUCUGUGUGCCAGAGGAGCUUUUGCACAUUCAAAUCCGGGCAAUGUCGGAUCGGGAAGUUGGUUCAAUUACACGCCUCGGUCGGCAGCACAAGAAUAUCAUGUCUGGGCGCAUAUUUAAGAGUACCACUACGCAUACAGUAAUGUGUGUGGAAUGGUUAGCUUUACAUUUUCCUAACGAGCUAGCCUCAAUGACUGCUCAUCAAGACCGGCCCGAAUGGGCGAGUCUCCAAUCCAUCUGUACUACAUCCCCCAGGUCAAGGACGCACUUCAAAGGUGACGAAAUGGUAGAUGAGUCAGUUCUUGUUAGGCUGGACGGCUUCCGAGUGUCUUGA